AUGCCUCUGAGAGACUUGCUCAAGAAAAAGGACAAGAUUGAUAGUGAUGCCGCCCUUCCAGCCCCGGCCCUGCCUCAGGCAACCGAGUUCACCUUUGUCCGCACCGACACACAUACAGAAGAAUACGUCCAUCCUCCUGGAUUUGAGGACGAUCGGGAGCUCGCUGCGUCCGUCGAGCCAAAGAGUCCUUCCCCCUCGAGGCGUUCAUUUGGUCGAUUCCGAAAGAGCCAGAGUCCCGGGGCCGCUGACCUGUCGUCCCCAGAGAAAGAAAAGAAGGAACAUCGGCGACUGUCUGAGCGGCUGCAUCUGAAUAGGGAUCGUUCCGCGAGCACCAGCUCCGUCAAUCUGCCUUCUGACCUCCCUGAAAUCGCCGAUGCAUAUACUGAAUCUGGUGAUCGUCAAGAGACAGAGGCAAAGUGGGAGGAACGUGCGACCAUUUUAGCCAGCAAGAGUCCCGCCAUGCCGGCCCAUUCUCCAACAGGCGACCCAGAGACUCUCAACUUGGGCCUCCCUGGGCGACCUCCAUCCCGGCCUCGAAGUAUAAACGACCCAGAGAGCGACGUUGACAUCCAGAAGGCGAUCCAGCUUCACGAGUCUGGUGAGCUCAAGGAAGCAACCGAGAUGUUCCACCAACUUGCAGAGUCUGGGAACGUCUUAUCCCAGGUCCUCUACGGACUGUCUCUCCGGCAUGGCUGGGGCUGUGAGCCUGACCCUGCAAAGGCAGUCACCUAUCUGUCGGCUGCAGCAUCCAACUCUGCCACCAUCGAAUCCGAUGCUCUGAAAGCCGGAAUGAGAAAGGGAGGCGCCGCCAAGGGUGAGCUUGUGCUUGCAAUCUUCGAGCUGGCAAACUGCUUCCGAAACGGCUGGGGUGUCCCGGUCGACAAAGUCGCCGCAAGGCAAUAUUACGAGACGGCGGCAAAUCUAGGAGAUACCGAUGCCAUGAACGAAGCUGCUUGGUGCUAUCUCGAAGGAUUUGGGGGCAAAAAGGAUAAGGUGAGUUUCCGCGUUAUUUUUCAUCGCUGA